AUGGCUGUAUGGGAGACUGACGACGAGUUGAGCGGUGCUGCCGUCGCGUCGCUACCGACUCCCACGGAGACGCCGUACCGGACCCCCUCACGGAACUCAAAACGGUCGCGGCGCUCUGUCACGCCGCCGGGCAUCGCUUCUUCCCCGCCGCCGGUGCUCAGCGACAGCAAGACAGACAAGAACAGCAAGCGGUCAUCGAAAGAUAUCGCAACCGACGAGAAUAUCAGCAUACUAGAUCCUCGUCGGUUUACACCUACCCUCCAUGCGAACCUAGUAUCAGAGAUAUUAGCUUUGCGGAGAGACCAGGAAGAUAAGCUAAGGAUCAUCGAGAGCCUCGAGUCUUCGCUGCAUUCAACCCGAGAGGAGCAGGAGUCCCUGCAGGCGAAUUUGAGCAACACCGCUAAGGAGAGUAGGUCCUUGAAGCGGCAGCUUUCCCUUCUCGAGGGAGGGUCUUCGUCAGCUCUGGGCGAGUUAUCAAGGGAGCGCGACGAGGCAGUCGAGGCCAUAACGGAGACUAGGAGGCGGCUCGAGGCGGCACAGAAGAGGGUCCGCAGCCAGGAAGAGGAUUCGCAGAGAGUCCAUGACCUCUGGGCCAAGGAGAGGGAUAACUGGGACGAGGAGCGGCGCAAGUAUGAGCGGAAACUCCACGUCGCCGAGAGCCGGCUUCGGGUCGUCCUCGAGGAGGUCGCAAACCUCCAGACGGCCCAAGUGAACGGCCUCAACCACCCGCCCGAGACCGAGGCGGAAGAUGCCGGGAAGGAGAACGACGGCGCUAGCGUACGUACGAUGAGCAUCACCAACAGUGUCCGGUUUUCCACGGUGAGCGGACUCGGUCUCGGCAAGUUCAACGGCCACAGCCUCGCCGAUGAGCUCAACUUUGACGAAACAACCGACGAUGACUACCAGACGGAUCCCGAAGGUCGUCAAAGUGUGCUGUCAAUUAGGAGGCAUAAUCGAAACGAGAGUAGGGACAGUCUGAUGUCGAAGUCACAUCGGCGUAAUCAGAGCAUCGAAAGCCAGAUCCGCCCACGUAGCGUUGUGCGGAGCAGGGUCUUCCUAAACCAGACCGUGCUCGACAGGCUCGAGGGGGGCAUCCGCGAGGACGACGAGGACAUGGUAGCGGCCCCUAAGGUGCAAUAUACCGACACGGGCGUUCAGUUUUCGCCGCCGCCCUCACCAAAAUUGGCCCCGGCGAAACCAUCGACGCCGGAACCCGUAUCCAAGGCCGAGAAACUUGCAGGUCUGGAGAGUCCGCAUCGAGUCGACGGUGAGAUCGAGGCCAACCAGAGCCGCAAGAGAGUACAGCUCAAUAAGCUAGUGCCGUCGGAAGCUCCUAAGGCUGUCAAGGUCAUGGUAUCAGCGGCUGCCCAGACGGCAGAGAAGCCAUCACCGACGCUAGCCACUUCAAGCCCGGUUAUGAUCGACGUGAAGCCUAGCGACGCGGCGGUAUCGACGUCGAUUGCUACCCAAACUGAUCCCGUGCCGACAAAACCGCAGCCCUUGAUGCCGCUCCCGAUUCCGAGCAUCAGCAUCAUCCCCCCAACUAGCCGACCAUCUUCGCCUCACGAACACCGUCUGCCUCAGUAUGUUAAGGACGUUGGGUGCCAGGUUUCCAUCCUGGAGUCCAGGCCCACGGCCUCUGCCUCGGUUCAGACGGAUGAAAUCCGCGUCGAUAAGAGACUUGACAGGCUGCCGCCACACCUCCAUCCUUCCGCCAUUACCUCGAGGCCUACAUCCCCUACCGCUACCUCGGCAAUCGACGAGACGAAGGCCUUCACCCCUGUUCCCGGACACGUUCCCCCGCGGAACCCCCGCCGCCUCGAAAGCAACAGGCGGAGCUUCUCCGAACUCCCUUCCUCGCCUCCAGCAUCGCCGACGGCGGAAGCGGAGACGCGAGACGCGUAUCCCGGAAAUAAUGACGAUGGCCCGUUGUCCAGCCACAAAGCGCCUGUGAGGCGCCCCCACCGUAUUAGUAGCUUAUUUGCGGGCUUCGAUGCCCAAAGCUCAGAUGAGGUCGAUGAAUUCGACGGUGACCAGAGCGAUUCUGAAUACCGCACAGCACUUGCACCGAGACCCAAGACCGGGCCUAGCAAAGCUGGCAAGCGAGCUAGUUCAGGAAUGGCCUCUUCGCCGGAACAGCCAAAGACCACGAACAGACAGUCGACGAGCGUGAUGAGCAGGGUCGGGCCGUCUGAGGCCUAUAACGCUUUCCGCCUCGCCGAUUCUCCAGAGGGCCUGCAGAGGCCUAAUCUCAAGUUGGCGACCCGUGCAACUGAGAGGGCGAUUGGUAUGAGCACUGGCUCGAGAGCCAGUGUCAUGCGGAAGUCAGCCCUGAUCCAGAGUGGCAUUGCUACACAUCAGGGCCGCCCACGCAGCCCCGACGUGCUUGAAGCGCGAGACCCGCCCUUCCCCAUCCCUACGAGAGCGAGCUCGAGAAAGCCGCCGUUCAGUGCGAGUGCGCCUAGUGACGACCCACAUAGUCCCACUCAUAGUGGCGAGGCGUGGCAUCGUCGGGGCAAGAGAGGUGUGUAUCGCACCAAUAGCAUCCGCAAGGUGCGAUCUACCACCGCUUUACCCGGAAACCGGAAGCACAGGAGACAGGGCAGCCGCUCGCCACCGCCAAUGUCGCCCUCGGAGGAGGCUCCUGAGAGUCCCGGUCUUCCGCCGCUCCCGACCAACGACAUAACCUCGCCACGAACCCGCAACGGCGAGCCCCGCUACCGCAGCCACAGAUCUCAGCCGUCAACGAACACGGCCAACACGGAGACCACGAAUAUGGCCUCGGUUAACAGCACCCAGCAGACUUCGGGCGUGGUAGAGGCGAUCGCGCAGACAAUGGUCGGAGAAUGGAUGUAUAAGUAUGUUAGGAGACGCAAGUCUUUUGGCGUGGCCGAAGGCACCGGCCGUGGGGAAGAAAAUAGCAAUGAUCGACACAAGCGAUGGGUAUGGCUCGCACCAUACGAGCGUGCGAUCCUGUGGAGUAGCAAGCAGCCAGCGUCCGGUACGGCGCUGAUGGGCAAACCCGGUCGAAAGCUGGCUAUACAAUCGGUGCUGGACGUCAAGGAUGACAACGGCCCACCGAAGGGUGUAACGCAGAUCUUCAACCGGUCUAUCCUCAUAUUGACGCCACAGAGGGCGCUGAAAUUCACGGCUACGACGGCUGAGCGUCACUACCUAUGGCUGACGGCGCUUUCGUUUCUCGCGCACUCGUCACAGGACGUGCCCGAGAUCAUCCCGACGCCUAGCAUGCCGAAGAUCGGCCCCGCCCCAGAAUUCGAGGCGCCGCCGAUCAAGACGAAGCGGCCGGGUAUCCGCGACUCUAUCCGGCUGACGAAGGGCAAGAACCCGGCGCUUAUGGCGCGCCGCAGCCCCGUUCCCGCGACCAACCAUCUCGAGGACGCGCUCGCGUUCAAGCAAGAAGCUUUCCCGCCGAUGCCGGCACCGGUGCCGACGCACCAGCGCGAGCUGUCGCGAGACGCCGCUGAGCCGCCCUUCAUCCCGCGGUUCCACGAGAGGGGCCAAGAGCGUGUUCACGAGCGCGCGAACCAGGUGGUGCUGCAUGGGCGCAAGCGGAGCAAUACGGGCGGGCACGUACCGCCGCCGCUCUCCUUCCGGGGGUUCUCGGGACCGGCAGGGUCGGCGAGCCACGGGACGCCGUCAUACCACGGGUCGUCAAACAGCACGGCAGGCAAUAGCGUCGGGACGGCUGGCUCGUCGGACAUCUACGGGCCGUCGCAAGGGCCCGGCUCGAGCGUUGGCGGCGGUACGGCGGUGUCGACGACGUGGGGUGUGAUGAGCAGCGCGGGCGGUUCGCAGCGGACGUCGGAGGCGUCGUCGCGGCCGGCGGCGGGCAACUUCUUCGAGGCCAUCGGCACCGUGCGCAUGGAAGCCUUUAUCAGCCCGCUUACGUUCCCGCGCUUCGAAGACCACCCCGACGAGCAGGAUGAGUGGCGCUACCGUGCGCGCCGUCGCAGCAAGGAAGCUCGCCGCCGCCGCAGCCGCAGCCGCCAUCGUGAUAGCUACGCCUCCCGUGGCACCCGUGGCACCGACUCGUAUUACACUGGCAGCAGCCGGGCGGGCGGCGAGGAAGAUUACUUCCGCGACGAUCCGUUCGGAGGGUUCUAA